CUUCAGCCAAUGAGUGAGGAGAACGACUUUAGGUUGCGUAUUAAAAUAGUACCGUACAGCCUUUCGUAACAUGGAGUUCACAGGGGGAAUGGCAUCGAUUUGUUUUACGCAGCACUUUGUUUAAGGCGUGAGGACACAUGGCGGGUCCGGAACUGCUGCUGGACUCCAGUAUCCGCCUGUGGGUGGUCCUGCCCAUAGUGGUCAUCACUUUCCUGGUCGGGGUUAUUCGCCACUAUGUCACCCAGCUUCUGCACAGUGACAAGAAGGUGGACGUUCAACAGGUGUCGGACAGUCAAGUCCUGCUGCGGAGCCGCGUGCUGAGAGAGAAUGGAAAAUACAUCCCCAAGCAGUCGUUCGCAAUGCGAAAGCAUUACUUCAACAAUGCAGAGACGGGGUUCUUCAAAAAAGUCAAACGGAAGGUUGUCCCCAAGAACCCAAUGACUGACACCAGCAUGUUGACUGACAUGAUGAAGGGAAACGUGACUAAUGUUCUGCCCAUGAUUCUGAUCGGCGGGUGGAUUAACUGGGCGUUUUCUGGGUUUGUCACUACAAAGGUUCCCUUCCCUCUUACUUUAAGAUUCAAGCCAAUGCUUCAACGGGGAAUAGAUCUUCUGUCUCUCGAUGCGUCCUGGGUGAGUUCUGCUUCUUGGUAUUUCCUUAAUGUGUUUGGACUUCGCAGCAUGUACAGCCUCAUCCUUGGACAGGACAAUGCUGCUGAUCAGUCACGCAUCAUGCAAGACCACAUGACUGGAGCAGCCAUGGCAAUGCCUCCUGAUCCCAACAAGGCCUUCAAGAGUGAAUGGGAGGCGCUAGAGAUCGUGGAGCAUCGGUGGGCCCUGGAGCACGUGGAGGAAGAGCUCAUGUGUAAAGAUCUGAACUUUGGUGGACUCUUCAGUCGCGAGCUCAAAUCCACUAUGUUUUAACAGGAUGAAUUGGGGACGGUUACAGGAUCCAGUGUCUGCCAGUGUUCCCCCCUCCCCAUCAUUCAGCCUGAACUUUUGAAUGGAUCCAACCCAUUUUCUCAAAAGUGCCAGUAUCUUUAGAGAACCCAAAGACAAUGUUAAAUGAUUUUUUUUCUUAGUUUUUUUUAAUUUUGCUAUUUGCUGUGUUUAAUAUUAAACUUUUAUCGUAGCCAUAAUUUUGUGCCAAAGUGCAUGUAUGUUUGCUAAAUUACCAAGCUCUCAUGACAUAUCUUUUAUGGAUGCAAGAAAUGCCCUCAUUUUUCUUCUUUGAACAAAACUGUAAUAAGGAAUACUGAAAAGUGGGAGAGGUAAUGUUUUCCAGUAAAACACUGUCUUAUUUGCAGUAAUGAACUUUUUAACUUUGGUUCAUUUUGUUGUCACAAACAAACUUGCCCUCAUGGUUCAAUUUUUUUUUUUUUUAAAGAAUUACAGGUUACACAUGUAGCCUACAAGUUGAUACAGCAUGUUAUAGGAUUUGUAUGUUAAAACAGGAGUGCUAUUGAUUGGUGUUUAUCUUAAAAUGCUUGAUUCUGCAAUCAAACAAUACAA